GGGUUGGGAGAGCCGCUGUGAGGCGGCCAGUUCUCGGAACAGUUGGCGAAUUGGUGACUGUGGAGUGGGCUCCGUGAAGCGGCGCCAAGAUGUCUGAGAGAAAAGUCUUGAAUAAAUACUAUCCACCAGAUUUUGAUCCAUCAAAAAUCCCUAAGCUCAAGCUACCCAAAGAUCGGCAAUAUGUGGUGAGACUGAUGGCCCCAUUCAACAUGAGAUGUAAGACAUGUGGUGAAUAUAUUUAUAAAGGCAAGAAAUUUAAUGCCCGGAAGGAGACAGUGCAGAAUGAGCUAUAUCUGGGACUCCCAAUUUUUCGUUUCUAUAUCAAGUGUACCCGAUGUCUCGCUGAAAUUACCUUCAAAACAGACCCUGAGAACACAGAUUAUACCAUGGAGCAUGGAGCUACCCGGAACUUCCAGGCUGAGAAACUACUAGAAGAGGAAGAAAAAAGGGUACAGAAGGAAAGAGAGGAUGAAGAAUUAAAUAAUCCUAUGAAGGUGCUGGAGAACCGGACCAAGGACUCCAAGCUGGAGAUGGAGGUCCUGGAAAACCUGCAGGAGCUAAAGGAACUCAACCAGCGCCAGGCCAAUGUGGACUUUGAGGCAAUGUUACAGCAGCAUCGUGUGUCGGAGGAGGAGAAGCGCCAGCGAGAGCAGGAGGAGGACCAGAGGGAAAUGGAGGCCAUGAUGGAGCAGGCUCGGAGACGGCGACUCAUCGAAGAUUCAGACUCUGAUGAGGAGCCCGCCCUUGCCCCUUCUCAGCUGCCCACUCGGGGCGCUCCCACAGCCAUCUUAGAGGAGGUCCCUCAACUAAAAAAGCAAAAGUUGGAGAGCUGGGAACGAAGCGUUGGUGCACUGGGCAGCAAGUCAAAGCUGGCAGGCUUGGUUGUGGCAAAGAAGGCAGCUGCUCAGAGACCCAGCAGCAGCAAUGGGCACAUAAUCUUGCCCUCUUCCAGCACAGGAGUACCACAGAGUUUGAAAGAGACCAGCUCGUCGCCCAGGACCCCCAGUGCCUCAUCUCUGAGCCAGCUUGGGGCCUACUCAGACAGUGAAGAUAGCAGCAACAGCAGCUGAAGCCUCUAUCCCUCCCCUUGGAGGGAGGCCCCAGAUCCUUAAUGGCCCCUCCCCUGUGGGGCCAGACCCCGGAAUCAGGCUGCAGUGGGUUUAUUUCUUUGUUCAGUGAGCCCAGCAAUGUGAAGAGGAGGACUGGGAUGGGAGCAACACUGCCAGAGCCUCUUGUCUAGUGAGCUCACUGUGCUUUCCCCCCUUCUCAGCUGCCCAGGAACUGGCUGCUCCUCUCCUCUCCAGGCCCAUAGACUUUGGGAGGAUUCAGUGUUGUGACACUCUUCCCUCCUUAGGGAGUGGCAACUGAAAAUCCUAUCCAUUCCUAGCCUAGUGCCCUCCAGGAGAUCAGGGGUGACCUUACAGAAGAUAUUGGGACUCAGCCUUGCUUACUUUGGCCCAGCCCCUCAUGCUCAUCAAGCCCAGGUGAUCAAAGUAGAAUCACUGUGGAAGCAGUUGCCUCUUGCCAUCUUUGGAACUGAGGGCUUUUUUCUCCUUGAUGGAGCUAGAAUUAAUUUUUUCUGUUGCUAGUAUGUCAUGGUCAGAUAUCCCAGAGAAUGGAGCUUGAACCUUUGGGAAUUGAAUUAUGAGAUAUAUGAUGCUCUAUCACAAUGGACAUCUUUUCCUGUCUACCUCCUUCCUUCCUAGACCUAAGUAACAUAAGGGGGCAGAUCCUAAGACCAACCAUGCAACUACUGACCAGAUCAGGCCAACCUAAAAGUCCUGUCCCCAUUAUCCCUGCUCCUCUUACCCACCUCCCACCCCCUGAAUCCUACCAGCUCCACCUAAUUUGUAUCUAUAAGUCAUUAUCUUAACCAAAUAAAGAAAACCGAAUGGAUUGUUGAUUAUGCUGA